AUGUCAUCGACUCAUGAAAAAGGCAAGAGCAAGGCGCGGACAAAGCUUUUGAUCGAUAUCCAAAAUGCUGUCCAGGAGUGCUGGGAGGAGCACAGGGUGUUUGAGGCCGAGCCUGGGGACAAACCUCCGGCGCCCGGCGAAAAAUUCUUUGGCACGUUUCCAUACCCAUACAUGAAUGGUUUACUGCAUUUGGGUCACGCCUUCUCACUGUCCAAGCUUGAGUUCGGUGCUGCAUACCACAGGCUUCGUGGGUCCAAUGUCCUUUUACCCUUCGCUUUCCAUUGUACUGGGAUGCCAAUAAAGGCCUCGGCGGACAAGCUUGCGCGAGAGAUUGCACAAUAUGGGAAUCCUCCAGUAUUUCCUGUAGCAGACGAGAAGUCAAGUGCUGAAGUGUCAGAGGCUGAUCAGGUCGCCGUUGUUCCGGGUAAGUUUAAGAGCAAGAAAGGUAAGGCUGCCGCAAAGUCUGGUGUGCAGAAGUUUCAGUGGGAGAUUAUGGAGAGCUUUGCGCUGUCAGAUCAGGAGAUUGCCAGAUUUCAGGAUCCUUAUCACUGGAUGACUUACUUCCCUCAGUUGGCCAAGGACCAUCUCAAGGAUUUUGGCCUGGGCUGUGAUUGGAGGCGUUCUUUUGUAACCACUGACAUCAACCCGUUCUAUGAUGCUUUUGUCCGAUGGCAAAUGAGGAAGUUGAAGAAACUGCACAGGAUUGUUAAAGAUAUGAGGUACACGAUCUAUUCUCCGUUGGAUGGCCAACCUUGUGCUGACCAUGAUCGAGCAACAGGUGAAGGUGUGCAGCCACAGGAGUAUGUGUUGAUUAAAAUGGAGGUGCUCCCGCCUUUUCCUCCCAAGAUGAAGGCCUUAGAAGGGAGGAAAGUCUAUUUGGCAGCAGCGACGUUGAGACCCGAGACUAUGUAUGGGCAGACAAACUGUUGGGUAUUGCCAGAUGGAAACUACGGGGUUCGAGGUUAA